AUGAUCCCGAGCAGAGGCAGAGCAGGGACGGUGUUUCUCACAGAUACGCGGCGCUGUUGGCGUUAUCCUUUUUCUGUAUUUAAAGGUCCGCUAGAGGGCGCUGUGUGCGUGUAUGCCGCGAACAAGCCUCUGAGCAGGAUGUCGGGGGGCCCGGCGGUGCACGUGAGCAUCGAGUCGUCCUGUGAGAAGCAGGUGCAGGAGGUGGCCCUGGACGGGACAGAGACCUACGUGCCUCCCCUGUCCAUGUCCCAGAACCUAUCCCGCCUGGCCCAGCGCAUCGACUUCAGCCAGGGCUCAGGAUCAGAGGAGGAAGCGGAGGUGGAGCCCAAGGAGCGCGAGUGGAGCAAGCACGAGGCGGAGGACGACGAAGGUACGGUGAAGUUCCAGCCGUCUCUGUGGCCCUGGGACUCUGUGAGGAACAACCUGAGGGGCGCCCUGACCGAGAUGUGUGUGCUGUACGACGUCCUGAGUGUGCUCAAGGAGAAGAAGUACAUGGCCCUGGACCCCGUGUCCCAGGACCCGUCUGCGGCCAAGAGCCCGCAGGUCCUGCAGCUCAUCAGUAAGAAGCGCUCUUUGGCCACUGCAGCCCACGUGCUCCUGAGGGGGGCGGAGAAGCUCAGCAAGUCUGUGGCUGAGAACCUGGAGAACCGGCGCCAGAGAGACUUCAACUCUGAGCUUCUGCGUCUGCGCUCUCAGUGGAAGCUCCGUAAAGUGGGAGACAAGAUCCUGGGAGACCUGAGCUACCGCAGCGCAGGCUCGCUGUUCCCACACCACGGCACAUUUGAGGUCAUCAAAAACACAGACAUCGACCUGGACAAGAAGGUCCCUGAAGACUACUGCCCCCUCAAUGUGCAGAUUCCCAGUGACCUGGAGGGCUCGGCUUAUAUCAAGGUGUCUAUCCAGAAACAAGCCCCUGACAUCGGGGACCUGGGAACCAUCAGCCUGUUCCGGAGGCAGCCCAAAACCAAAGCAGGGGCCCAGGCGUGGCACGUGAAGCUGGAGGCGGCUCAGAACGUGUUGUUGUGUAAAGAGAUCUUUGCGCAGCUUUCCAGAGAAGCCGUUCAGAUCAAGUCCCAGAUCCCUCACAUCGUGGUCAAGAACCAGAUCAUCUCCCAGCCCUUCCCAGGUCUGCAGCUGUCCAUCUCCCUGUGCCAUUCAUCAGGAGACAAGAAGAGCCUUCGAGCGGCUCCAGAGAAGCACAAAGCUGACGACCAUCUGUACGUCCUGGAACACAACCUGCACCAGAUGAUCCGAGAGUUCCACAAGCAGCAGCUGAGCUCGGUGUUCAUGCCGCAGCCGGCCACUGCUCCGUUCGGACACAAGCGUCUGCGUCUGGCUGGACCUCAGGCCUUCUCCAAGAGUCAGAUCUCGUCGGUGCAGCAGGGACAGGGCCUGUUGGAGAAGAUCAUCAAACAGGCCAAGCACGUGUUCCUCCGCAGCAGGACGGCGCGCACCAUCGACAGCCUGGCCAGCCGGAUUGAAGACCCGCAGAUCCAGGCGCACUGGUCCAACAUCAACGACGUGUACGAGUCCAGCGUCAAAGUUCUCAUCACGUCACAGGGAUACGAGCAGAUCUGCAAGUCCAUCCAGCUGCAGCUGAACAUUGGGGUGGAGCAGAUCCGUGUGGUGCAUCGAGACGGUCGUGUGGUCACUCUGUCCCAUCAGGAGCAGGAGCUACAGGACUUCCUCCUGUCGCAGAUGUCCCAGCACCAGGUCCAUGCCGUGCAGCAGCUCGCCAAAGUCAUGGGCUGGCACGUGCUGAGCUUCAGUAACCACGUGGGCCUGGGCGCCAUCGAGAGUGUGGGCAACGCCUCUGCCGUCACCGUGGCCUCGCCCAACGGAGACUACGCCAUUGCAGUGCGUAACGGUCCAGAGAGCGGCUGUAAGGUUCUGGUGCAGUUCCCCAGAAACCACAGCAAAGAGCUGCAGAAGAGCGACGUGGUGCUGGAGCCUAAGUGGAGCCACCUGCGGGGCCCGUACAGGGAGGUGCACUGGAGCAAGAUGGAGGGCAGGAACUUUGUGUACAAGAUGGAGCUGCUGAUGGCGGCGCUGACUCCGGCUCCAUGA